GAAAGCAAGUGGAGUAUAUAUACUUGUGAGUAAAGGUCAAUGGGCGAGGGCAUCUGAAUAGGAGUGGCCUGGCAAGAGAGUAACAAUGAAGUGUAGCAUGUGAGUUAACAUUAUUUAGUGAAUGGCGAACAGAAAGAAUAAAACCACCAUAGUAACGAAAGUUAAAACCCCAGAUAGGAUGACACAAAAAACAGAUCUCCAUCAAAAAUUUGACCAACUAAUUGGGAUUAUUACAGCUUUCCAAGCAGACUCAAAAGUCUUUCAAACUGAGACAAAUGAUGAACUUGGAAGAAUGGAAUCAGGAAUGUCCAAAAUGGAACAGGAACUAUCUGAAAUGAAAAAAGAAAUAACCCAAAUUAAAAAGAUAGAACAAACCAUUAAACAAAUGAAAGUAAUGGUUAAAGAAAAUACAGACCACCUAGUGGAAAUGGAGGAGAAACUUGACUCGGUGCAGAAUCAGCUAGACAACCAAAGUAAUCAGAUGGGUCUACUGGAACUUAAACUAAAAGAAAAAAUGUUAAGAAUUAGAGGAAUUACUGAAACUAAAGAUGAAUCCUUACCUGAAAAGCUUGCCCUACUGUUGGCAAAAAUAUGGAAUAUUCCAGAAAGAGACACUCCAAGAGAAUAUGAGGCCAUUUACAGAGCUAAUGCAAGAGGACUGGAGGAAGAUAAAAGAAUAACAAGAGAUAUUUUGAUUAAUUUUGUCCGCAAAGACAGACGUGAUGCUAUUUUAAGAUACCAUUCAAAAAAUAAAUUGGAAUAUGAAGGAAACCCUUUAAUAUUAUUCAAAGAGAUACCAACCUCUAUAAGAAAGAAACAAGACUACAACCCCUCUGCAGAGCUGCUGCGUAAGAACAAUAUUGUUUAUAGAUGGGCUCAGGUGGAAAGAAUUUCAUUUUGCUAUAGAGGGAAAAGAGUAUCAACUAAUACACCCUUAAGGGUUCAAAACUUUUUGAUGAAAUAUAAAAACGAACUGAUUUUUGUAAAAGGGGGCAACUGGGGGCAGAUCCAGAUUGAUCGAGAGCAGGGGUCAGCAACCUUUACUUCCCAAAGGGCCAUUUGGACCCAUUUUCCACGGCCCCGAAGAUCUACCGAGCCGAAGAGGCGACUCAGCACGGAGCUGUCUCCGCUAGUGGGGUAUAUGGAUGCAGAUUGGGGUGAAGACAAAUUGGAUUACAAAUCUAAAAGUGGAAAUGUUUUCUUUUAUGGAGACAACUUGAUAAGUUGGAUGAGUCAAAAGUGGAGUGUAGUUGCCAGAUCAACAACAGAGUUUGAAUGCAUAUCUGCCUGUAGUGCAUACAAAGAGAUGGAAUGGAUUGUUUGUCUACUGAAGGACUUUGGCAUAGAUGAACCUAUGCCAAUCACACUGCUUGAAGACAAUCAAGUGUGCAUUGCUGUAAUGAAGAGUGAGAGCAUCAAGAAACGAAACAAGUACAUCGUGAUCAUAAGAACAUAA